CCCGUAGUGAACCCAUUCGACGGCAAGGUGGCCUCACUCGCCGGCUUUCAAUCAUUGGUGAUCACUUCUCCCAACCAGGACUAUGUCCCCGAGUACCCCGAGAUCACCACCGGGAUGUGGCACAUUGCGUGCAUACCUCGUCAAGGAGCGUACCCCCUCUCGGACGUCCUUUGGCGUAAUCUGAACCCGGAUAACGACUGGGAGGCGGACCGAGACGCAGGAGCAGCCCUGUCCGUGGGCUUUCUCCGCCAUUCGAUCGUAGUCGACCUAACCGUAGCCGCGGGGCAGGUCGUGAAAGCGUUCCGCGCAAUCCCUGGCCUGCCGACUACACAGAGAGAAAUCGGUGACCAGCUGAGCCUAAUGCUUCGACAGUGUGUUGAACGCCUCUCUCGUCUUCCCGCCGGUCGCAUGGUCACGAUCGCGGUCGCGGCGAAUGUGCAACGUCUUUCCCUGGAACUCGCCGGCCUCAAGAUUUUCCUGGAGACUGUCGCACCACGCAUACAGACUCCCCAGGACUACAGCCACGAUGUCCUGCAGGUUCUCGGAGCUUUCGUACACGACGGCACCGCCGCCCAAACGUACGCGCGUGUAGGCUUGCCCACCUGGUUCAUACAGCCGCUGACCAACUACAUCAAGAUAUGGCGGGUGGUCCAGGUGCGGACGCCGCACGAUCCCUCGUCCGCAGGCGAUGGGCGACAUGCCCUCCCCAAACCUGCUGUGUGCGCUGGUGCUGCCAACUUGUCCCGCAACUGGCUGGCGACAAUGGUAGAGCGGCUGAGCUUUGAGCUCUGUACUACGGCGCCGCUUACGCUCCCCACCGCACCUAUAGACUCUGAAGCUGUCGUAGAACGAGAGACGAAGCGGGCGCGUGGGUCGGAAUCCGAAGUCGUAUCCACAACGCUGCACAUGCUUCCUCGGGAGGCGACUGUCUCCAAGCCUCCCAAGUCUGGGAAGAAACCGCGGCCCCGUGGCAAGAAGCACAGGGGACGUGACCCCACAGCGACCACUCCGGCCGAUUCGCUCCUUCCCAAACCAUCCCUCGAGUACUGCCACUCGCCCUUCUCCACAAUUGCGGACGCCUGGGUACGCGCGCUGCGCGGAAUUGGGAACCUCCCGCAAAAUCUCAAGGGUGCCUCCUACUUUUACCCUCCCCCCUUCCUGCUCGACACCAUCUCAGCCCUGACACCCCCGUCCGACGCUGCGCCUCCUGAGUGUAUUCGCAAGGACGAGAAGGUGCACCGUUACCUCCACAACCUGGUGCGCAUCCGGCACUUCUGCCGCCGACGUCUCUUCGACCAGACAGUCUCUGGGGCUCUUUUCUCGAUUGCAGAAUGGCGACAUGCUCUCUUCGGGGAGUACAAAAUCAGAGAGCAGCCGCAGGUUACCGGCGGAGAAGGGGAGGCGCGACGCACCAAGAGGAAGUACGACAUGCACAACACGAUCUCCCACCUGUUUAGUGGCGCCGGUUCGAUACGCACAUACUCCACAGAGGCCACCGCGCAGCUCGACUGGCUCCCGGUGUGCCAGAAGACUGCGGCGACGGACCCCCGAGUGCGGCACUACCUCCUGUGGGAGGCGCAUGAGAUCAACUGGCGCUGCGAGCUGCUGGCGCUCGACCAAGUCCUCGUACCGCGAGACUCGUGGCCGGUGAUGCGCCGCUGGGAGCGCGAGGCGGAGGUGUCGGCGGUGUGGGGGGAGAGCUCGGGCGCGAUGGGCGUGCUGCCGAACAUGGCGCAGGACGUCCGCAGGUACUGCUGGCUGAGCCCUCCCGAUCGCCACUGGAGGACGUGCGUCCGCACGCUGCGCGCCUUCCUGGUGCUCAUGUCCAGAUGGCCCGACUUCCCCGAUAUUUUGCGGGCCAUGCUGCCAGUCGAGACGGAGGAUUGGACGGACGCUGAAUAUGAGACGGCGCAAACGGCGGCGACGCGUUUCUACACGGAGACGUUCGUCAAAAUGUUCAGUCGGCUUCCCAUCGUGCCUUGUGAGUUCCCAUUACAAUACUUGUUGUAG